AUGUCUUUGACACCACCUGACGCACCACCGUUUCCGAUCUCACCCGAUGACGAACAUCAAGAUGAAGAAGCAUCGGUCGCUGCUUAUGCAGAAAUUUUGACUUUCCAAUGGUGUUUUGGUUUUAAUAAAGAUUUACCAGUUUUGAAUUUAUCGAUUAAUAAAACCAAGAAAAUCUUCUUCGUUGCUGCACAAAUCGGAGUUUUAUACGAUUUCGCUAAUAAUCGACAACAAUUAUUAAUUGGACAUAGAAACAACAUCACAUGUUGUUGUAUCAGUAACGAUAAACGUUGGUUAUGUACGGCUGAUACUGGUCGUGAUUGUACCAUCAUCAUUUGGGAUACAAUCACUGGAUUGCCGAAUCAAACGUAUUUCUAUGUAAUAAACGGUACAGGAACAGUCGCGUUUAGUUCUGAUGCGAAAUAUUUGGCCACGUUGAGUGAACAAAGUCCACAAAUCGUCUCGAUAUGGGACUGGACAUCGGAAAGUGAUAAACCACUUUGUGCAUUAGAACUAAAAAGUGAAUAUUCGAAUCAACAUUAUUUACAAUUCAAUCCACGUCAACCAACACAAUUGCUAUCGAAUUCAUCAACACAAGUCCUUUUCUUCGAAUGGUCACGUGAAAAUGGAUUAACUUGUUACGAUCCCAAUCUCUCCGAAAGAACGUUCGAUACUUCUCGCGAAAAACUGGGUUAUAUCACUCAAUCGGUGUUCCUUGCUCAUCCAACACAGGUCGUUUCGGGAACAACAACGGGAAAAUUAGUUCUGUGGGAUUGCAAAUCAUAUCGAGAAAAAUUAGAAAUGAAUAGAAAACAACAGUUAAAACAAUUGGAUUAUUCACGUCAACAAACGAAAAUCGGCGAAAGUAAAGAUUUAACACGUAAUCGAACAAAAUCACCCGCGAAUAGAGAAUUAACACGUGAUACAUUGAAAUCAUCGGGUUCGACACGUAGUGGAACAUUAUCAUCCAGAAAAUCCUCUGCGAAAACAAGCCAGCAGGAUGAUGACGAUAAUAAUCAACAACAAAUGUCCUUCAGUGAACAAUUAUUAGAAAACGAACAAAGUUCCAACGAUCUCUUCGGUCUUUCUCCAAUGAACAAACAGCCAUUAAAAUUAUGCGAACCACAGAAGAAGCCAAUCACUGUUUUAAUCACAACAGGAGAUCUGAUCGUUACAGGUGAUACUGAAGGUGUUGUUCGGUUUUUCGAUCAAGAACUGAAACUACGUAUGUGGUUCGAACAUAUUCGCAUCGGUCCAGUUCAAUCUCUUUCAUUUACAUACACAACAUCUGAUUUUACUCCUUCACCUUUGUCAACAACAUUGAAUUUCAAACAGAAUGAAUCAACGUUACAACAACCUCCAUUUUCCACACUUGAUUUCACUGUUUCGUCAACCAACGCUGUCAUUGCUCAUGUAACACAUUCAGGUCAACAGAUCACAAUUGUGAAACGAGAUUCACCAACAGCGAUUUACGCAUUGGAUACACAUCCAUUUCAACAUAAACUAUGUUUUGCCAAUGCAUCAGGUCGCUUACAAUUAUGGGAUUACGAGAAAAAACAAGUCAUUACAACUGUUCAACACACUCCUGAUAAUGCUGUAACGCAACUACAUUAUAAUCAUAAUGCAAAUUACAUUGCCGUUGGAUAUGCAGAUGGGAAAUUAACAAUUUGUGAUGCAUUGUCAUUGGAAAGUAUUUUGAAAGAACCAUUUCAUUAUGCGAAAGCAGCAAUUCUUCUUAUUGAAUUUUCCGAAUCAUCGGAUUAUUUAGCCACAGCAGAAGAAGAUUACACGAUUUCGGUUUAUCGACAAAACUUUCAUACUGAAGAUAUUUACACUUUUCUCGGUCGAUAUCGCGCACAUUAUAAACCUAUUCGAGCUUUAUUUUUUGGUUUUACCAUUGACGAUAAUCAACCAAUUCUAACAACAAUCGGUACUGAUCGUGUCUUGGCUGAAUAUGAUUUAAAUGAAAGUGAAGUUGAUCGAUUAGUUCUAAAACCAUCAACAAGAAUUGAACAAAUAGCUGAACCAAUGUCCGCAGGUUAUUAUCCAGCAUCGUUAACUAAAGAAGCGUUUCUGAUCACCGUUAACAAUGAAUAUAAAUAUAAAUUAUACAAUGCAGAUACGAAAAUGUGUCGAAAAACAGUUUUGGGACCGACUUUUGGUUCACCUAUCCGAAAAAUCGGUAUUUUACCGAAAAUCGAUGAAAAUUCACCUGAAGAAUAUAUUUAUUUUAUGACAACCGACAAAAUCGGUCUUCAACGUUUACCAUUAACUGGAAAUCCUUAUGAUCAAAUGGCAAUCAUUGCACAUCCAAAUCGUGUCAGCGAUGUUCGAGCGAGUUACGAUGGUCGAUAUUUGUUUACAAGCGGAGGUUUAGAUAAUGUUGUGCACAUGUUAAGUGUUAAUCCACAAGUUUUACAAGCACAAGCACAAUUAGGUGGAAAAGACUUGAUUCCAUUUUAUAAAUUAUUAGAAGGAGGAAGAGAAGGCGAAAUAUUUCGAGAAAUGCAAGAAUUAUUUUAUUAUAGUCAAUUGAGAUAUCAAGAUAUCAAUCGAUUCGAUCGUCGAGAGAUCAAAGCGACGAUUCCAUUAAGUGAAAUUCCAUUCGUUAUGCGAGCAUUGGGUUAUUAUCCAACUGAACAAGAGGUUGAAGAAAUGAUCAAUGAAGUGAAAUUUAGUACUUAUAUCGAUACGAAAACUUACGUCGAUGAGAUCGAUUUGAAUGAUUUCAUCAAAUUAUAUAUCAAUCAUCGACCAGCAUUUGGUUUGAAUCCAGCUGAUUUGUCACACGCAUUCAAUGUUCUUUCUGAUGAGAUUAGUUCUGAUGAUGGUCAACCAGAAAUCAAUCGAGAAAAUCUUCUGUGCCUUUUACAACGAUAUGGUGAACAUAUCAACGAUUAUGAAAUGGCCGAGUGUUUAGCUAAUUUAUUAAAUUUAAAUAACGAAACUACAGAAAUGUUUGAUACAAUGAAUGCAGAUGACGCUUGUCAAUUUAUCGAAAAUCAAUUACCUGAACAAGUGACGAUUCAAACAUUUAUGGAAGAUUUAUUAAAAAUGCCAUCUCAAUACAUUAAUCAAGUAUUAAAUUCAGUCAAAGUACACCAACGACGUCGAUCCUCCCUAAUCGAUCGAAAGAGACAAUCAUCGAUCGAUAAACGAUAUCAUUCAUCAAUGACAGCAACGUCACAACGUACAGGAUCAAUUCUAAAUGAUUCUCAAAACUGA